AUGAAGAACACCAUUAGAUGUUGUAUUUCAUGCAUUCUUCCCUGUGGAGCACUUGAUGUGAUUAGGAUCGUUCACUCCAAUGGGCAUGUGGAGGAAAUAAGUGGCACCAUUCGAGCAGCUGAGAUCAUGAAACUACACCCGAAGCAUGUACUCAAGAAACCCUCUUCUCCUUCCUACACCGAUGAAGGAACAGUUAACUGUCCUCAGAUCAUCAUUUUGCCACCAGAUGCCGAGCUCAAGCGUGGAAAGAUUUACUUUCUGAUGCCGGUUCCUGCUUCUUCCUUGCCUGAAAAGACUCGUUCCAAGUCAACAUCAACCACAAGAAAGAAAAAGAAUCAUGUUGUUAGCAGUAAGAAUAUUAAUGCGAACAGCAAUCAAGAUAAUAAUUUAUUAACAGACCUUCUUGUCUCUGAUCGCUACUUGACUGAGAUUCUAUCGGAAAAGGUGAAGGAUAGGAGGAGAGGCCGUGUUGGCGUGUGGAGACCUCAUUUAGAGAGCAUUUCUGAAGCUACAAGUGAUGCUUUUCCAGGGAGCUUCCCUAAUGAGGGUUUCGGAUCAGCUUCCGCGCAACGAUUAAUCCCCUGCAAAAAUGAGGUUUUGUCUCAUGCCCCUGUAGUCACUGCUGACGAACCUUCAAGGCCACAAGGGCUGAGUGGUAUCAGGAUUUGAAAAUAGAUCAAUAUGUUAUCCACCAUAUCUUCCAUAUAUCACCACAACACAAGCGGUUACAUAUCAUUAUUUUACUUUGUAUAUAACUCUAUAUUAAUUAGUUUGCAUACAACUUUAUAUUAGUUAUCCUAUGAUAUAUUGAACUCAUG